AUGGAUACAAGUACUUAUCAAGGUGGGACGGGUGGUGGUGAAUCCACCAUGGAAUCUGUCGACUGGAGGACUCAGAUGGCAUCAGAUUCGCGAAAAAAGAUUGUCAUUAAGAUAAUGGAUACAUUGAAGAAGCAUCAUCCAUCUUGGGCAUUAGAGAAGCCACAAGAAAUUAAGAGUAUUGCUCAGAGGCUUGAGGAAAAGAUUUAUACUACCACAACAAGCCAAUCUGAUUAUGUGCGAAAAAUAUCUAUGAAGUUGUUGACCAUGGAGAGUAGGUCUGCAAAUCUUGUGCCCAAUUCUUUGCAGUGCAACUCUGUUAGUAGUAGUGUGAACCCCUCUAAUCCAGGCUCUCAUGGCAUCCAUCAAGUCAACAACCAAGGGCAACAACCCCUUCCUAUUCCUGUUCCAUCUAAUCACCCUCAAGCAACUCAACAAAUCCUAUCACAGAGCAUCCACAGUAAUAUUCCUUCAUCUGGAGUACAAGUUUCUGCUGGUGUAUCAUCUGCAUUACCACCUGUCAAUGCUCUCUCACAGCCUACUAUCUCAAAUAUUUCCUCCCAAAAUCCAAACUUACAGAACAUUCAGAACUUUGUAAAUCAAAGGCAGAUACCAACCAGGCAACAACAACAACAACAACAACAACAACAACAGUCUCAAAACUCACAACAAUAUCUAUAUCGACAUCAGAUACAUCAAAUUGCAAAGCAUAAUCUGCACAUUCAGCAACAACAUCAAAAUUUGUUGCAGCCAAGUCAUUUCCAACCUUCUUCUCUCUCUACAGCUCAACAAAAUCAGCAAUCUGUGAUUCAACACCACCAAAAAUCAGCCCUAAGACAACAAAGACAGCAACCACCGGCCUCCAUUGUCCACCAGCAACCACCACCACCACAGUCGAAUCCAAUGGGCCUACAAACUAGUGCAACAAACUUGCAACAACAACAACAACCAAGGUUACUAUCCCAAAAGAAUAGUUCUUCCAAUGUACAACAACCACAUCAACACUCAAUUGGUCAACAUAAAAACUUUCCUACAAUUCAUCAGCAACCAACCAUGCUGAACAAUCAACAUUCGACACAAGUGAUGCAGUCUAAGGUGUCAGUUCCACAAAAGAAUCAUUCUAUGCAAGGUCAACGUUCACAACCGGAAUUACAAGUGAUGCCACAAUUACAAACACAGUCAGGUCAGUUGCAACACCAGUUAAAUAUGAAACUACAGUCAAACAUGUCUCAAAGGGAUAUGCAACAGAGGCUUCCAACAUCAGGUGCUUUUCAGCAGCAAAAUGUAAUAGAUCAACAACAGAAACAACUAUUCCAACAACAGAGAGCUAUGCCAGAGGCUUCAUCAACAUCAUCAGAUUCCACAGCUCAAACAGGAAACCAAAAUAAUGGAGACUGGCAAGAGGAGGUGUAUCAAAAGAUUAAAGCUAUGAAGGAUAAAUAUAUGCCAGGGUUGACUGACUUAUACCCGAAAAUCAUGAUAAAAUUGCAUUUGCAUAAUUCUCUUCCUCAACAACCAAAGAAUGAACAAUUUGAGAAGGUAAAAAUGCUUAAACACAUAUUUGAUAGUUGCUUGAACUUCCUACAAGUUCCUAGAAGCAACAUAUUACCCAUAUAUAAAGAAAAACUUGAUCUAUAUGAGAAACAGAUUAUUAACAUCAUACUCACAUUUAACCGAAAACCCGGGCCCCACCUGCAACAACCACUUCCUAGUCCUACACAAGUACAUCCUCAUGAAAGCCACAUGAACUCACCGAAUUCCACCAUGUUUCAACUGAAACAACUUCAACCUCAUCAUCAAAUGAAGCAUCAUUUUUUGCAAAAACAACAACAGCAGCAAUUUAACAGACCAACAAAGCAACAACAGUUGCAACUGCCUCAUAUUGGUGUCAAGAUAGAAUCUCUUACAAGACCUGGACCUCCCUUUUCACCUCAGAUUUCAUCUCCAACUGUUGACCAGCAAAACCCGUUGACUUCUGUUACUAAAUCCGCCACCUGUACGCCUUUGCAAUCUGCAAACUCGCCAUUUACCAUGUCGUCCCCUUCAACUCCUUCUACAUCUCAUAUUCUAGGAGACUCUGAGAAGGUUAAUUUGGGUAUUCCUAAUGCUGGGAAUGUUGGACACCAAUCAAAUGUUGCCUCUCACUCUCUAUCUCUUCCUUUUGGGACACCUGGCAUAUCGGCUUCCCCUUUGCUUGCAGAGUUCACUAGCCCUGAUGGAAAUCACGGGAAUGAGGCAUUGAUUGUUUCUGGAAAGUCGAGUAGUACUAUAGAAAAGCCCAUAGAGCACUUACUCAAAGUGGUGAAGUCGAUUUCAGCAAAAUCUUUGAGUGCAUCGGUUAGUGACAUUGGUUCAGUUGUCAGUAUGAUUGAUAGCAUUGCAGGAUCAAGAGCAGGUAUCAAAUCAAGAGCUGCAAUUGGUGAGGACUUGGUUGCCACAACAAAAUGUCGCCUUCAAUCAACAACUAUUGGAAAAAGGAAAACGAAAAUGGAACCCUUAAAUGUUGUAUCAUCUGCCAACAAUGUAAAUGAUAGCUUUAAGCGUUUCAGUUAUUUGGAGGCCUCAGAGUUGGAAUCAACUGCAACUUCUAGCAUAAAAAGGCCUCGGAUUAAGACUAGCAAUGCUCUUUUGGAAGAAAUAAGAGAGAUAAAUUGGGGACUCAUUGAUACCAUGGUUGGUAUCAGCGAGGAAGAUGUAGGUUCAGGAACCGUUGUCAGGUGCUCUUUUGGCGCUGUAAACAUUAAGUCACAAUAUGCUUCAGCAAAAGUGUUACCUAUACAACCAUUACGAUUGCUUGUUCCUGCAAAUUAUCCAAAUUGCUCACCCAUACUGUUGGAUAAGUUUCCGGUUGAGAUUAGUAAGGAGGAUGAAAUGGAGGAUCUUUCAAUGAAAGCAAAAUUGAGGUUUCAUAGUUGUGUGCGAAUGCUUUCGGAACCCAUUUCACUUGAGGAGAUGACAAGGACUUGGGACACUUGUGCUCGUGCAGUUAUUUCCGAAUACGCCCACCAAACUAGUGGUGGUGCUGGUGGGACCUUCACCUCUAAAUAUGGACCCUGGGAGGACUGUCUCACUUUCACUGCUUCUGCUUAAAUUCUUACAUUCUUUGUUUCUGAUCACCUCAUCCUACAUCUAUAUAAUAUAUUGCGAACACUUGUUUUUAUGAAAAAUAGAAAAUAGAAAGUUAUUUCUGGUUUCAUGUGCAGAUAGGAUAGAAAGAUGUCUCUUUUAGUAUUCACAACCAUAACCAUGGUCAAUGUAAUGGGACUUGGAUUUAUAAUUGAAAGUUUAUA